UGGGAGGCUGUGCAGCAUUGAGAGGUAUCCAUUGGCUGAUUCAUGCAGCGCUUAUUUUGGAGAUCUAUAAGGCUCAGCCCCAGCAGACUCGAUUCAGGUCGGGCACCACCAGCAUUCCGGUGAUGCCAUCCAGCGGGACGCAGGAACAACUACUUUGCGCGCACAAAUUUAUCUUCGUGAUCUUUCAUACUAAGUAGUGCGCUCAGUCUGAAUAACCGAACAAAUCCAUUUAAACCAAUUGGGAUUGAGUGUAGGUACUACAAUAAACAACACGCAACAAGCAACUAUGGCGUCUUUAACCCAGAAGACUCGAGACGUAUAUACCGUCGGCAUUCUUUGCGCUAUGGACCUAGAACGGAAUGCAGUCCGCUACAUGCUAGAUGAAGAGCACCGUCGCCUCCCAAGUCAGCCAGGCGAUUCUAACAGCUACACUCUUGGUGAGCUCCACGGCCACAACGUGGUUCUGGCCUGUCUACCGAGUCAGCAGGGGAAAGGUGCCGCUGCGACCGUUGCCACGAACAUGUCGCGUUCUUUUCCAUCGAUCAAAUGGCGGUUAUUCGUGGGAAUUGGCGGCGGCGUCCCUAGCGAUAAACAUGACAUUCGUCUUGGCGACGUAGUGAUCAGCAUGCCUGAAGGUGAGCAUGCAGGCGUCGUUCAGUAUGACCUAAAGAGGGAGACGAAUUCAGGAUUUGAAUUAAAGGGGUUUCUGUGGCCACUGCCUGCUCUCCUUCGGAAUGCUGCUCAGGAUAUGCGAUCUGACCACCGUGGCCGAGACAAUAUGAUCGAAGAGUACAUAGAGGCCAUGGUCAAGAAAUGGCCGCGCAUGCUUUCAUAUAAACAACCGAUUGCGCCAGAUGUCCUCUUCCACGCAGACUACCCCCAUCCUCCUAGCGUACCAAUCUGCAAUGGCAACUGUGAUCCUUCUCGAGCCGUCACACGGCCCACGCGUCAGUUCAAGGGUCCUGAAAUUCACUACGGGCUGAUUGCCUCCGGGGAUAGUGUCAUCAAAAACGCAACGACAAGAGAUGAGCUUUCCCGUAGGUUCGCGGGUGAUGUCCUCUGUUUCGAGAUGGAAGCGGCCGGGUUGAUGACUGAGUACCCGUCGAUCGUGAUUCGCGGCAUUUCCGACUACGCGGAUUCGCACAAGAACAACACUUGGCAGCAUUACGCCGCCGCGACAGCAGCAGCCUGUGCGAAGGAGCUCUUGUCUUAUAUCAACCCUGAAGUCGCGGCAACUGAGCCAGCUCCCACACUUGGACAUGAGCCACUAGCAAGCAAUGUAUUUACUGGUCAGGGUAUACAAAGCACGGGAAGUGUCCACAUUGGCAGAGAUUUCAAGAUUAUUAGGUAGAGAUGGCUAUUUACUUGAACUUGUCGGUAAUGAAGACGACCACUUUAUGCAGGAUAAUUGCCAUGCGUAUUCAGAAACAGUAGUUCUUGAGUUAGCAUAUUGACGAGCAGCCGUCGUGUGUAACGUCCAGAUUAUGCCAACCCGCAGCAAAGACUGUGAUGUAUGCACGAACAGUCAGAGAAGAAUAUCAAAUAUUGGGGAUCCCUUACUAAGACAGAGCAGCUAACUACAGCCGGACUAAUUUAGCUGGGUAGGAAUGC